AUGACAGUGGCGAACUAUUUUCUUUUCGUUUCGAUAUUUUUUCAUGUCUACUGUUUGAAAUUGGCCGCAGAGAGACGAUGCGAAGAAAGUAGAGGAAGCAUUAGUAAAGCGGGUAUAAAUCAUCGUGCUAUGCAAGGACACAGCUUUAAAAAUUAUACGCUGUCGAAAGCGUACGACUGUCAUGUAAAAUGCUUUGAGGAGAAAUGUAAAUGCCAGGCGUACCAAAUAACACAAAAUCGUUGUGAGUUGCUAGAAGAAGACAGAUUUUCUGCUCCUGAAGACUUUCUGGAGGAAAAGGCAUACACGUACUAUGAUAUGAAUAGAGAAUACGUCAACCAGGUAACCUUUGAAUCUAAUGUGAAAUGUCUCCUACUUUGCCAAAGGUAGACAUGAGAGUAAUCAUUGCAUUUCGGCUUUCAUCAUUUUCCCCUAGUCGAAUAGUCAAUAAAACAGGUUCCAAUAUUUUAAUAGAUUAAAAUUGGCUUUGGCUUUUAUCCCCUAAAAAUUUUUCAUGUGUUCCGAUUUCCUAACUGAAAGUCAAUUGAUCCGAAAAUUAUAGGGAUCAAAACUUACCUUUUCGAAAAUUUCAGCCAGAAAAAAGGCUCCCGAAGGUUCUAGGUGACCUUUUUAGGGAAAAAGUCCGUUAAAAAUAGGCAAUUAUACCAUUUUUUAGAUAUUCGAAAAUCCUAGGAGAGGCAGCCAAGCAAGAAAUUUUACAACAAAUCUUCCGAAAACUCUAGAUCUCAAAUCGUCUUCCGAACAGAUGUUUUCCGAAAGUUGACGUUGGGUGCCCCUGAUUUAAAGUAUUUCCCCUUAAAUUUCAGCAUUCUUGUUUCUUCCGAGACUAUGGUCUCUGGAUUGAAAUUAAGAACUUUUGGUUACCCUUCCCCUUAUAGGUGCAGUCUGUUCGAAUCCUAGAAAUUUUUCAUAGAUGAACAAUAUCUGUAACUCAUUUCAAAUGGCUUCCGUGUUUCCUUUCCUAUUGCGAGACAAGAGGCCUGUUUACGCAAAACAAUAUGGAAGGAUUUGAUUUGUCUUGUGCUCAACGCUCUAAGCACUGAGCUCUUUUCAAAACAUGCCCAUAUUGUUGACAGUUUAUAAGGCAAGGAAUUUGGUUUAAUAGAGUAAAUAUUUCGGAGUUUGCUCGAAAUUUGGCAAACCUAAAAGCGCAGCUCCAUUAAAAAAUAAGUAGGAAAUAUUCAUAAAGCACACUAUAAAAAGAGAAGUUCUAGCAAAUAACAUUAUUUUAUAAUGCAUAAAGAUUAUUUCAACAUGCACUUUUAACAUGCUCUCCCGUUGUACUAUAUAAGGCAUGUGCAAAGAAGGCUGAAAAACAGCAACCACUCAUUAACCAGUGUUGUAAUCAGAAUCCAUGCGUCAAUGGAGGCACCUGCACUGAGCUAUUUAAAGACGCUAAAAACAAGUUCAACUGCACAUGUGCUGUGGGAUAUUACGGCAGAUUUUGUCAAAAACGAAGUGCAACAUCAUGCAAAGAGCAGCUAAAGAAAAACGGAGGAAACCAAUCUGGAGUCUAUGAACUGUUUGACCCAGCGAAUAUGUCCAUGUACGAGGUCUUCUGUGAUGCCAUCUCUGAAAAAGGGUUCGUUUGGACUUUGAUCGAAUCUUUCAGCCUUCGAAAUAAUGAUGAAUUUGCGGACAAAGCAUUUUACAAAGACUUUCCGGUAAAUCAGGACACCUUUUCAUGGAACAAGUUUCGUUUAUCUCGGCCGCUUAUGAAUGCCACAGCAAACCGCUCAACGCAUGUGCGAGCAACGUGCAAUUUUAACACUGAAGAACUUAAAUACAGCGAUUACUUGAGGGCCAAGUUCACCGAUAUCGAUGUUAUGCGUUUGGAUUUUGAUGGGUGCAAGAAAUAUGAAUUUAUUAGCGUCCGAGGAUAUAACUGUACUAGUUGCACGGCCCACUUCGUCCAAAGGGAUACUUGGCAUGCGCACGUUGAUUCGUAUUAUAAUGGUCCAGGGAUGAGAGGAUGUCAGUGUAACAGGAUAUCCGUAGGUGCAGUGAAGGGACUGACAGGCGAAGAUAACUUCGGAUGGUAUUAA